GGGAUGUUUCGAUGCCAGCCGGACCUGGGACAUGGACGUCACGAGAGAAGGCGCACGUGACGCCUCGUCCUCCAGUCGUGCCUGCGGUGGGCCGCUCGCGGCCAACCAGAUUUUUCCAUGACGUUCCACGGAUAUUGCAGGUUGGAGUCAGCAAUGUGCAGCUUGCUAAGUGUAGUGUGUCACCUCACCCUCAUAGAUUUUGGCGGCAGUUCUUCCACACAACUGGAUUUGAGAUUUCGAUUUACUACAGUUGAUUUCAUAUUAACCUCCCCCAUAUAAUCCAUUACCAUGUCUUUAAAACGUAUUAACAAGGAGUUGACAGACUUAGGAAGAGAUCCCCCCUCCUCAUGCUCCGCAGGCCCAGUGGGCGAUGACUUAUACCACUGGCAGGCAUCCAUUAUGGGCCCCCCAGACUCACCAUACGCCGGAGGUGUGUUCUUCUUAUCUAUCCACUUCCCUACCGACUAUCCAUUCAAGCCUCCAAAGAUUGCUUUCACCACCAAGAUCUACCAUCCAAAUAUCAACAGUAAUGGUAACAUCUGUCUAGACAUCUUGAAGGACCAGUGGUCGCCCGCCUUGACCAUCUCCAAGGUCUUGUUAUCUAUCUGUUCGCUUUUGACUGAUGCUAACCCUGAUGAUCCAUUGGUGCCAGAAAUCGCUCACAUUUACAAGCAAGAUAGAUCCAAGUACGAGGCCACUGCCAAAGAAUGGACCAAGAAGUAUGCUAUCUAACCGGUUGUGGGCGUUUGAAGUAAAACUUAUACAGAAUAGACCAAUGGUGUCAUAGAUCGACAUCCUUGGAUUUAUAAACGUUUUUAUACAUCCUUCAAUAGCUUUGGACAUACUUUAAUGGAAAUAUCUCUAGUCAUAUGACUUACCCGUAGACUUGCACUGCUAUCUUCAGUUGUAUUCCUACCUGUGCUCGUCACUAUUCGCUACGCAAGUAGCGAUAGGGUGUAGAACACUUCUAGCAUAUCAUUUUCUUGCUAAUAUUCAGCUUGGUGCCAUCCUCUCUCGAAUGGCAUCUUCUCCCUCGGUCCACCUUUCUCUUCGCUCAUUUAUUGUCCGUCUUUUCUGGUAUUAACCAUUCUUUGCCAACC